ACAUAUUUAAGCUCAAAAAUUUUGGACCAACUUAAAGGGAUACCUAAAUCCAUUAAUGGAUGUAUUUUAGUGAGGUUAAAAAGAUAGCCUUCUUAUUUUCUCCGGGGCAAAGAAAUUUUAUUUUAUAAUGCAGAAAUGGAUGAAACUAAAAAGCAAUAAAUCACCAUGCAAACACUGUAGCAAUAUCAAAAUACAAAAAGAAAAAAAAAAAAAGAAAACAAGAAAUCUCUUACGAAGUCUCUCUCUGUGUGUCUGUGUCUUAAUAUAUGGCCAGACCACCCCUCCUCUCAUUCCAUCUGUCACUUCACUCUCUUCCUCUUUCUCUCACCAGAAACCCAAAAGGCAAAUAACCAUUCUGUACACAUAUACAUACAUACAUACAUACAGUCAAUAGAAAACACACCAUUUUCUCCACUAUUCUCUCUGUACUUUCCACCUCUAUGAAGAACCCUUCUCAGACCUUAACUACCUAUUUUCUUCUUAUUCUCUCCUCUUUUCACAUUCUCUGAAAGAAGCCAGAAACAAAACAGCGUACAGAACGAACCCAGUAAUCAGUCUCUUAUCUUUUCUUCUCUUUUUUUUUUCUUUUUCUUUUCCCUCUUCAAAUUCAAAACCCACUAAUCAGAAAAUGGAAAAGAAACAAGGGUUCUUCGCAGCACUCAAAGAAGAAGUUGUCCGUGGCCUCUCUCCAUCUCGUUCUCGCUCCAACAGCCCGGCCAGAACCGCUUCACCAAUAUCGAGUUUUCUUCGUAGAAAAAAGAGUAACAGCAAUGGGUUGCAUUGUAACAAUCUUUACAUGUCACAACCUGAGGUUUUAGUAGCAAGAUCAGGGAGCUUAAGGCCAAUAGUAGGUGAAACAUUAACACCACUGAUUGAAGGUCCGGAUCCGGAUGGAUGUGAAAGUGAGUCUAAACGGGUUGUUGGUUCGGGUUUGGGUAAUUGGAUGAAAGGGCAGUUAACGAGAACUCCUUCCGUUAGUAGUGUAGCUUAUAGAAGGUCUGAUCUGAGAUUGUUACUUGGUGUUCUGGGUGCCCCUUUGGCUCCUGUUCAUGUUAGCUCUAUUGACCCUUUGCCUCAUUUAAGCAUCAAAGACACUCCCAUUGAAACUUCCUCUGCUCAGUACAUAUUGCAGCAAUAUACAGCUGCUUCUGGUGGGCAGAAGUUGCAGAAUUCUAUUAGAAAUGCAUAUGCAAUGGGAAAGGUUAAAAUGAUAGCUUCAGAAUUUGAAACACCCACUAAGGUCGUAAAGAACAGGAACGGUGCUAGAGGUGCUGAGUCGGGUGGAUUUGUGCUCUGGCAGAUGAAUCCUGAUAUGUGGUAUGUUGAGCUUGCAGUUGGGGGUAGUAAGGUUCAUGCUGGCUGCAAUGGAAAACUUGUUUGGAGGCAUACGCCAUGGCUUGGUGCUCAUACUGCAAAAGGCCCUGUUAGACCCUUGCGUCGGGCACUACAGGUGAAGUUUUGUGCUCUAAUUGUUCUGGUGCUUCUGCCCUUAUAUUUUGAUGUUAAUUGUCUGCCCAUUUCAGUAUAUGCAACUUAUUUACUAUUUCAGGGUCUUGAUCCAAGAACCACAGCUAGUAUGUUUGCUGAUGCAAGGUGUAUAGGAGAGAAGAAGAUUGAUGGUGAGGAUUGCUUUAUCCUAAAGCUAUGUGCUGAUCCUGAGACACUCAAAGCUAGGAGUGAAGGCCCUGCAGAGAUCAUAAGGCAUGUUUUGUUUGGGUACUUCAGCCAAAAGACUGGACUCCUUGUUCAUAUGGAGGAUUCACAUCUGACCCGCAUUCAAUCUAAUGGUGGCGAUGCAGUUUACUGGGAAACCACAAUCAAUUCAUUCCUUCAUGAUUACAAACCUGUUGAAGGAAUCAUGAUUGCCCACUCAGGUCGCUCUGUGGUGACCCUAUACAGAUUUGGCGAGGUGGCUAUGAGUCAUACCAAGACAAAGAUGGAGGAAGCUUGGACCAUUGAAGAGGUUGCGUUUAAUGUUCCAGGCCUUUCACUAGAUUGUUUCAUCCCCCCAGCGGACCUAAGAUCAGGGUCUAUCAGUGAAGCCUGUGAGCUCCCUCAGGAUGAAAGAGGAAAAAGUGCAAUGGCAUUAGCAGCUCAUAGGGCAAAAGUUGCAGCACUAGAGAAAGAACAUGACAGCAACACUGAUAACAUGAUAUGGAAGAUGGAGGUCUAACUAAGGGUAGGACUGAAUUAGGGAAACUGUUUAUACCUCUAGCUAGUUUUAAUUGACUAACCCAUUAGAAGUGGCAAAAUUGAACUUGAAGUCAUUUUUUUGGACUCUGGGAUAUGCCUCUGUUAAUCUGUAAAUAGAGCAUAAUCAUUCACUGGUUCAAACUUAGGCCUGGAUGAAUCUUUAUACUCUUAAUACAGAAUCCAACUAGGGAGUUGGAGCUCGGUCUUCCAGAUAGGGAUAGAGCGGAUGGAGGUUCAGUUUUAGUUUACCUUCCAUGACUAGAGGAAAGUGGUGAAGCUUUAACACAGCAGAAGCCAUUGACCUUCUUAUAGUUCUAAUGUUUUUGCUUGAAUGCAUACAACAGUGUCAGUAGCAGCAAGAAGGAAAACUGCUACUGGCCUACAUGAAUUUAACUCCAUUGUCUAGUUUGUUACAUUUCUGUUUGCAAGUUUCUUACCCUUUUUGUGUGUUUUCUUAAUUGAUGUAAAAGUUGUUUCUAUAUAUUGAAAGAAAUGGGAAGUUUUCUGAAUUUGAUAA